AGCGUUUGUACCCCCAGGAGGAGGCUUCUGCAGAAGCGGACACCCCAUUCUUCUACAACAGUAGCUAACAAUUACUGGGUACUCCCCAUGUACCACGCAUGACUAUCUUACAGAAUUAACCAAAUGAAUCCUCAAAACAAUCCUAUAAGAGAUAGCUAACUGACCACCAAAAUCCAUGCGUCCUUUUCCAUGAUGUAGAGUUGUCUCUGGGAACUGGCUGACCAGCCAGGGACUACAUUCCGUGACCUUCCUUGGAUCGAGGUGGGGUUGUGUGACCAGUUCUCUCCAAUAAAAUGUGAGCAGCAGGAAUAUAUGUCACUUCUGAGACAAGACAGUUAAAAAGUAGGCUUCCCAGUUUUGCUUUCUGGAUGCAAAGGACUCCGAGCUCUGGACAAUAGAGAAGCCACAGAUGACAGUAGUUGAGUUCCUGAAUGAUUUAAUGGAAGGCUGUCCACCAUCCAGAAACACUGCACUGAAUAACUGCAAUUUAAGAAAAUCAUUAACCAGGUAUUGGAAGAUUGAAAAGGCAAGAGGAGACAUUGAGUUAUCACAGAGGUGACUUUAGGCCGAGGAUUUGGUGUCACAUACCAACUGGUAUCAAAACUCUGCCCUCUGAUGAUUUCCCGAAACCACUGUGUUUUGAAGCAGAACACGGAGGGCCAGUGGACAAUUAUGGACAACAAGAGUCUGAAUGGCGUUUGGCUGAACAGAGUACGUCUAGAGCCUUUAGAGGUCUAUUCUCUCCAUACGGGAGACCGCGUUCAGCUUGGGGUGCCUCUGGAAAAUAAGGAGAGUGCAGAGUAUGAAUAUGAAGUUACUGAAGAAGACUGGGAGAAGAUGUGUCCAUAUCUUGCCCCAAUGAAUGAUCAGAUAUUGGGGAAAAACAAGGGCUUGAGAACGAAAAGGAAAUGUAGUUUGGAUGAAUUAGAGGGUCCUGAAGCUGAAGGCCCCUCACACUUGAAAUUCAAAAUGAAUAAAGUUUCUAGUGAACCUGGUCAGCCACUGAGGUCACGUGGGAAAGGUGAACUGGCCAGUGGACCCUCUGAACAUUUGGAACCUCAGCUGACUUCUCUUGAGCCAAGUGAGAACGUCUCAGGGGCUCAUGUUUUCUCUGGCCCCACCAAAGUCCUGGCGCUGCAUCAUCACAAGCGGAAAGCCUCAAACCAGUCAGUAUCUCAGAGCCGCUUAGAGCUGUUCAAGGUGACCAUGUCUAGGAUUCUGAAGCUCAAAACACAGAUGCAGGAAAAGCAAGUAGCUGUUCUGAAUGAGAAAAAGCAGACCCAAAAAGGGGACUCAAAGAAUAUUGUGCAAAUGGAGCAGGAACUGCAGGACUUACAGUCGCAGCUUUGUGCAGAGCAGGCCCAGCAGGAGGCCAGAGUGGAGCAGCUAGAGAAGACUUUCGAGGAAGAGCAGCACUAUCUCCAGGGUUUGGAGAAAGAGCAAGGAGAAGAGGACCUGAAGCAACAGCUGGCCCAGGCUCUGCAGGAGCAUCAGGCUCUAAUGGAAGAGCUAAACCGCAGCAAGAAGGACUUUGAAGCAAUCAUUCAAGCCAAGAACAAAGAAUUGGAGCAGACCAAGGAAGAGAAGGAGAAGGUGCAAGCACAGAAGGAGGAAGUUCUUAGCCACAUGAAUGACGUGCUAGAGAACGAACUACAGUGUAUUAUCUGUUCAGAAUACUUUAUUGAGGCUGUCACCUUGAACUGUGCCCACAGUUUCUGCUCCUAUUGUAUCAAUGAAUGGAUGAAGAGGAAGGUAGAAUGUCCCAUUUGUCGGAAGGACAUCAAGUCCAAAACCCCCUCCCUGGUUCUGGACAAUUGCAUUAGUAAAAUGGUAGAUAAUCUGAGUUCGGAAGUAAAAGAACGACGAACUGACUUAAUUAAGAGACGAAAAGAGAUUGUUGUGAAGACUGCUGCGGGGGCCUUUGAAAGACUGCCAGGCAACGGAGCGCGGGGCGGUCUCAAGGAUCCUCUGUGGACUGUCUUGGGCUGCGCCGGGCAGAGCGCGGGAGAACCACGUGGGACAAAGUCUAAGUAAGAAGUCGUCCGUCAGGAGCCUCCCAUGCUGGCCAGCCCGCUGCCCCAUCACCUGAAGCACCCCGUACCCACCGCCCUACGGCUUCCGGGUACUCAACAGACUCUGCCUCACUGCGUGUUGAAUGGUUAUGUAGUUCCGUUUGCUUUUUUAAAUUUGUUGUUAUUUUGUUACUGUUUUGGUGCCUCUGCUGACCUUGUUCCGGACAGCUUGAAUGUACCCCCGUGGCUGCCCCUGACGCUAAGGCGGCCUCUAUUUGAGAGGAUGGCACCCCUCUUUGUGAAAACAAGAUGUUGUUUCCUGGAAAUAAAAUGUAAAACUUAACAGUU